GAGCGAGGAGCGUGUGCGCGGUGGAUGGAGUGCGAGCAUGAGUAGGACGUGGGUCGUCGUGUGUCGCUGCAGAGGGCCGAGAGAGCGUGUCUCCUGCGGAACACAGCUGGCACGGACCGUCAAGAUGUAAGCUGACGGGCAGAGAACGCGUGUGUGACGGUACGCCGCUGGCCCAGGCCGAGAGAACGUGCCACGAGGAAGAAGAAGAAGAAGAAGAACAGGGAGAGAUACGAUCUGAAACGGGCCGAUCCGGGAGGAUGAAGUAGAGCGGGAACCAGGGAUCGAUUGCUUCCCGAUUGUUGGCAUGGAGGACACGACACUGGGCAUCAUCGAGGGCUGAGCUAUCGAAAAAUAUGGCGUCAGGAAUACCGAGCGUACAUCAGAGGAAGCUUGGACCAGCGCCGAUAGCAUCCUUCGAAGACCUGUCCGACGAGGUGGAAAACGGGGAACCGGCUGCGCGAAUGCCAGGCAUCGUCGAGGUCACCACGCCGGCAACGCCUGGUAGUUCGCUUAAGACACCCAGCACGCCGAGAAUUGACAUCAGCAGGGCGAGCAGUUCCUCCCACCAUGAGGACAGUAACUCCAGGGACUCUACGCCCGAGAGGGAACUCCUUGCAGGCGGAGAACCUCCACCUGGGUGCAAGCUGACUCUGGGCUACAAAGAGGACGCCCAGGAUCUAAGAUCGUCGACGGAGGAGCUCGACUUGCAAGAUCCCAUUCACGAACAAGAUCUGAAAAGAGAAUCGAAGAAAUUGGCGAAGAGGCGAAAGGAGGAUGGCUCCAUGUCCGAUUAUAGCGGCAAACAAUUAGACAGAGAAAGGAAGGACAGCAAUUGCUCGGAAAUCAUCCUAUUGAACAUCAGUGGAAGAACGUCUAGAUUAUCCUCCGUGGGUAGCCAAGGUUCAGGAGCCUCUGGCAAACUUUCCGUUGUCUCUGCCACGUCGUCCAGGUCGCCGAGUCCGCACAAAUGUUUACUGGAAACGUCGUUCUGCGGAAGCAAACCUACACUGGCAGACAACUUGAUAGAACCGUCGAAACCAGAGACCGACGACCUGGAGAAGAUCCUGCUGAAACGAGAAGCAGACACGACGAAAGCACUGAUUCCAGACAGCAUAAAAGUAUCGAUGGUAGAUGGAAACUUGAAACCAGAUCCUCUGGAUAAACCUAGGAGACGAGGACGAGAAGAGAGGAAGGAGAUCUUCAAGAGGGAAGUGGAGAUCACGAAAAGAUUCUUGGAGAAGGUUAAUAUACAGGUACCAGUGGUGAAGAAGUCAGAUGAAUCGCCAAGUACAACGACGUCGGAGCAGCAGUCGGUGAGAAGUCAAGCGCAAGAGGUACAAAAGCCAGCGACCUUGGACUUCAACGACAAGAGGAAAAAAGCUCAGAACUUUAAAGAAAUCGUACAGACCACUCCCACAACGAGCAGCGUGACCGGUAGUCCGAAGCUACCAAGGCAUCAGAAAGUUCGCGAUCUGGAAGGUUCGCGUACACCCAGUCCCUCUUCCGUUUCCAGGAAGAGCAGUUUCGCCUCUCUGUUCAAGGCCCGUACAGACAGCAGUGUGUUGAGCCCAGAAUCGCCGUCUCCGAGCACAAAACCACGUCGUAGCCUCACCUCGAAGAUCAAGGACACCACGGAAAGUCUGCGUAGCAGAUCGAAAUCGCGCGAGCGAGUGACCUUGGACAAAGGGUCUGGCAGUUUGAAAAAGGACUCGAAGAACAAGGGCGUGUUCUCCUCGACGUUGAGUCUGUUCAAGAAACGCGAGAGAAAGAAGAGUUAUGACGAGGCGAUAGCGGCAUCCUGUGGCACGGAGUUGGAUAGUUCCGGAGGACACCCGUCUUUAGAAAGUAUAGGCCACGUGGAGUUUCGUUUUAACGCUGAAAAGGAGAGUCGCAAGGACGACUCGAUUUUCAUAAGCCUGCACGCGGAUGACAGAAACUACGAGGAGGCUCUGCCUUCGGAGAGCGUGUCGAUACCAUUGGAAACGCCUACCAAGCUGCUGGACGAGUACGAAUCGGAGCCUCGAACCGGAAGCAUCGUAACGGAAGUGUCGAUAGAGCAUUAUCCACCCGCGACGAGGAUAAAGACCGAAGCUUUGAUCGAAACUACGCCGAGGUCGUACUCGCGGGACAGUCAGACCAGCCAGAUCAUACCGCAGAGCAGUUCGAAGGAUUCUGAGAUCUCGAGGAGCUCCUCGAAGGACUCAAAGCUGAGUAGCCACGGGAAAACCAGCGAAACCGCUGUGAGAUCGUCAUCGUCCAUCGAUAGCAAACCUCCUGCGGACCAUCGAAUAUCCAGCAGUUCGUCGAAAGACUCGAUAGGAAAGAAGGAAGCUACGAAGCCGAAAAGGAAAAGCAAAGAGCUGCAACAACCUGUCGAACCAACCGAGAUAGUCGAGGAAGACGUUUCAAGGCAGAAACAGAAACAAGUUGAAACGAGGGAACACGCGCCGGUUAAAACAGUGGAAAAGAGGCCAGAUUUGUUGGAUGACGGAACGAAGACUGUGGAUGGACUGGUGAAGACACCAAGCGUGAUCUCUGAUCUGGAUCAUAAUAGUUCGGAGUCGGAGAGAGACUCGGAGAUCGAGUUUGUUAGGAACAAGGUGGAGAAACUUGCCGAGGAAUUGCCUGACGAGAGGAAGGGACUGUUCUACGAGGAGAGCUUCGAAGAGGAUCUUCCUUAUGUACCCACCACCCUACCCCUGGAGAAAAGCGUGGCUGUGCCGAUCCUGCCUGUGAAACAACGACUUCAGGAAGUAAGAACGAUACCAAUCGAGAGGCCGCGUUCAACGACGCCGAUAAACCCGACGCUGCUCGACGAGUUUGUGAUGCAGACGUCCCUCGACGAGCGUCGUGUUGAGAAGAUGAAGAUAUCAUUGCCGCGAGAAGAUAGCUUUAAAUUGAAAAGUCCGCGGAAGCACGCGGCCAACACGUUUAUGGAAUUCGCAGGCAAAGUGCCUGACGGGGGACGGAAGAGCGCAGGUAAAUCGCCGAGUCCUCCUCCACUGCCACCGAGGGCCACUGCUAGGCCGAGCAACUGGAUCAACUUCGAGGAGAUACCCGAGAAGAGGAAAGCGCCGAAAAGGAUCCAGACGAUCCCUCGACCUGAGGACGAGGUGAAAUCGGGUGGAUAUAGCUACGUUCAACCGGAGGAAUGCAGGUGCGAGUGCCAUGAAGAAUCUCGAAGGGCGUCGAUGAAGGAAACGUCCGCGACAAGGACUUCUUCCUCUUGCAGCAGCAACGGAGAACGUCCUUGUAACGGUGACAAUUGUACGGUGCCUACGUCGACGUCUAUGGACCGUGCCAGUAUCGUCAGUGACAGCUCGCUGGAGUGUAGCCUGAGCAUCGAGGAGAACACGACGCAACCGUUGUUCACGUGCUUGACGAAGCCGUUCAGCAUGGAUUUGGACGUUAGGUCGAAUCGGUCCAGUAUCGUAUCCCAGGACGAGACUGACGAGACCCUGCACCAAUAAUAGUUUUUUUCACGGCACGCCUCGCCUUAUUAUCCUCCUGUUCAAAGAAAAACAAACAAAAAAAAAAAAGUGAAAUUAUCUCCUUGUUGGAACUGUUCUCGAGCCGAGUUCUCGUUCCUCUUUUCGCCGAUCCACUUGAAAAGAAUCGCGUCGUUUAUCUUUAUAACGAAUCAACUCUGCUCGCUCUCUCUCUCUCUCUCUCUCUCUUUCUUUCCUUCUGUGGAACGCUUUUUUAUCGAACUCAUUCUCCUCGCAAGAUCGCAAACGUCUCACAAUUCUCUGGUAUGUGUCAAUUCCAAUAACGGAGUUGUAUGCUCGUUUCAUUGCGGCAACAUCUCGUAUAAGUUACACGCGUGUAUCGACUUUGAGAAGCUGCGCGUACUCGCUGAAACGGAUCAAGAGAAGAUACGAAUCGGAUUCGAAGCGACAGAGUCGUUCGUUGUACGAUAGACGUCGCGUGUAACGCGUUUCAAAGUGUCUGUACGUUUCGUAACGCAUGAUUUUACAAAGGAUGUGAGCGAAGAUCGAUAUGUACAUGUGCACUCCCGUUCAUAAGUGUUCGGACGCCUGCUGGUUUUAUGCGAAACGGAUCAGUUAGCGACGAUUAAUCUAUAUUGUUAAGAAAACGAUGAAAUCGGUUGGAAUUUUUCUAUGAGUCCCGAUACUGACUUACGAAUAGGAGUGUAUAUCGUUGAAAUUUCCCUCGACUUUUCUCGUCGUUGGCUACGAGUCAAGGCUAUCCUGUACUUGUUUCUUCGAAGUUGAACACGGUCGAACAUCGAACGUCACUGCUGUUUAACAGCGCUUCGUAGUCGAUUUUACGAAAAACGCGUCACGGAAACGCUCCGCCGCAUUUCUCGCUAUAUCGUUUAACAUACACAGAUACAUAUACACGAGAACACAUAUACACACUUGUACAUACCUUGUAACGGUCAUUCGUUCGAGAAACGUUUUUAGUCUAAUUGCGUACCUUCCACGAGAACUCGUUCGUUCCUUCGUUACUAGAUUCGCGUAUUAUACCUUGGAAACGAGGGCAAAGGCAUGCUUGCUGAUGCGCGCGUGUUGACCAAAUGCUUCCUCACGACAGACAAGAACGUGGUUCUUGGAGAUCUAUUCGCGAACAGUGACUUUGAAAAGGCAUUUUUGAUCGUCGAAGCUCCUCGAGGUCCUUCGUCGCGCUCGAAAUUGAAAGUAGUCGAUAUCUACCAGCUUAGACGCUGGAGAAAUAAUCAGCAAGCUGCGGAUCUGCUUGAAAGCUAAACUAAGCUCCGUCAUGUUACGUUCAGUUUAAAGAUAUUUCCUUCGAUACGUGUACUACCGAAACUGCAUCGUGAUCGAAAGAUUUCUAUUUGUAAUUCGAAGCUAAGAUAAAACAACUACUCUGUAUGAUUUAUUCGUUGCUUCUUGCGGUGAUUAAAUUCAGACUAAAGCAAAGAAUAUUCCCGCAAUGUUCUAACAGCCGAACGUAUUUUCGUAAGAUCUGUACAAAAUUGUAGAAAUAUCAUCGAUCGAUCACUCUGAAACGAUAGAGUACACAAUAUUGGAUUGAUUCAGACAGAUUGGAACAUUUACAGUCGCUGUACGGAACUAAUCUUUAUUCAACUACAGUUACACAAUUCUUUCAUUUAUUUAUUUAACGGGGAACAACCAAUAUUAACUAUCUUUGUUAAUAUGUACUAUAAUGUAUAUUGUAUAUGAUCGUUGGAGAUAAGAUUAGCGAAAAUUAGAUCAAAGAGUUUUAUUUGAAGUGUGUAUAAGUAUUGUAUAUCCACGGUUAGUAACGUGAAAGUGUCCAACAAAUAUUAUACUCUUGGACAGAUAAUAUACGUAUCGAAGCAAACACUUUCGAAUUUAACAUAGCGCAGCUUAAGCCCGUUUUUCGAUGGAUCUCUAGCUGAAAGCUAGUUUAACGAUCGCGUUUAGAUCACUGUGAAAGCACAGGGGACCUCGAAGCUCGAAUCACCAACGCGUGUUCUCGAAUAUCAUCGGCCAACUUCGUCGUAACGAGCCCCGCAACGUUUUGUACACCGAACAGAGAUAGUCGGAAGAGUAUUAUUUUGUCGAUCGCGUGGCGUUGACAGAGGGGAUCUCGUGUCACGAAGCAAGCUUACUUCGAUGCUUCAUCAUAUCAUGUAGAUAGACCUAAGUCCGUAAGUACCUCCGCAGGUGUAGAGAAUUACAAGAAUAUCGUCGAACGUUCGAACAGCGAGCGAUUGUUCUUAUCGCGAUUCUCUCGACUUUCGUGUACACGACGUAUUCUAUUGAAACUGAAUGCGACUGACAGUCUGCGGAUUUUCACGCGUUUGUAGGAAAUUCGAAAGCGCAAGAUUGCACAGUGUAACGUGGAAACAUACACAGAAUAUGCAAAAGUACGGUACUCCGUAUGAUACUUGCUGGAUCAAACAAUUUUCUACCUGCGUUCUAUUUUCCUAAUUAUAUUCUCGGAAAUGUGAUCUCCGCGUAAAGAUCCGCGGUGAUCAAUCGUACACGAGAAUCGAAGGAAACGAACGUUCGGACAAUUUCAUCAGACGCAUAUGAUGCGUCUAUUAUCGAUAGAUCGUUCUAUCAGUAUUAAGACGAACGUGAUUGUGAUCGCAUUUAUGCGUGUGCGUGUGUGAUAAACGCGUGUGCAUUCGCAUCGAUGCACCCUGUGGUGCAUAUCAUUUCCAUAUCCAUUUGAAAAUGUCUCAUUCCUCGGAAAGAAUUCACCUUCGAGCUUCGAAUAUCAGAAAUGAAACUCUUCGAAGUCAGCUAGUUUGACAAAGGAAUACGACGAUCUCCUAUGGCUGCUGAACAGUGAGAAGCGAACGUGUAAGUGUUUAGGAGCUUAAGCACGACGAAAUCAAACUGACCACGAACCACAGAAUCGAUCUGAUUGCGUUUUCCUUGAUGUUACAGUGUUUCUUUCGGUUGCUUCGUCACUCGAGUAACUUCUUUUCGAGAUCCAUGUUGGCUACAACAGAUACAAGCCCGUUCGUAAAUAUCGGGACACGUUUAUUACAAAAUUUAAUUGUGAGAAAAAUCGUCGCAACGUUGUUUGCAACAUGUUAGAAAUUUUGCUUAAUUUGGACACUUAAUUUGAUCCAAAGCGGUUGCUAAUUCGCUGAACAUUCAGCUACGUCGCAAUAAGAAUCUCAUCAUUGACAAACGAUACAUUGAUGAAACCUAACGUUUGUACUAUUAUAUUGUCCAUUGCAUUUGCUGGAUUUUUUCUUUUUUUUUUUUUAUUAUUUUACAUAUUCCUUUAACGAUUCAAAUUCGUUUAGUGGAUUUCCACGAAUUUCUCGAAUAUUAAGUCGAACCUUUUUCCUUAACACUAGAACUACCGAUAGUUAACACGAAGUUAUUUCUACCAAAACCAGUGAAAAUACGUAAUAGAAUAUUUUUAUAUUUAUCGAUUUAUUACUUUCUUUCAGAAGCAAUUCCAUGUUACGUAGUACAUUUUUAGUAUUAUUAACGAGGAUUCCUAAAAUGAUCCCUAAACGCGGGUUGGCACGUUUAUAAAAUUGUAGAACCAGUCGUUUUCACCGGUGUGGUAUUUCUAGCGUUACCAUCUAGCGAUCUAGCGAUCGAUUCGCAAUUUUCCUGAUAACUGAUAUCGUCAUACCGAACGAUACGCAGUACAAAUUUUAAAAACGUGUGGGAAGUUGUACGAAACGAGAAAACUGGUCGAUUGAGGUUCGAUAAAUAGAUCGCAGAACCCUUUUACACUUUGACAAGUACCAAGUAUUUUUACUGCUAUUAGUAUAAGUAGCCUUGAUACAAAAUUAUGUUCAGUUUGAAUACAUAAAAGACAAAAUAAAAUUCAUUGUAUUAUUCUUUUAGUUAUCGUUGCGAAAGUCAUUAGAUCAUUGCGGAAAAAAAUAUAACACGAAGUAGGAAUUUUAAAAUAAAACUGUAAAACCAGUCGAUCUGAGUGGUGCGGUAGUUCUAGUGUUAAACAUUAGAUUUAGUUGAAACUGUCUCAAGGAGAUUUAAAUCAAAUUACCGUCAUUUCCCUCUCCACGAGUGACUUCAACAAAUUUUUCCUGAUCAUUGCCAAUCUUUAUCUCACAUUCUGACUGAUCAAUCGUUUGCAGAAUGACGUAACCGGAUUAUUUCGGGUGAGAUCGACGGCUGUCCCGAUAUUUAUGAAAGUCAGGCGAACUGUUUCUUUCGAACGACGGAUCUCGAUCAUCCAAGCUUCCUAAAGCCUCGACAUUUUCGUUGUUUCAGCGAGCGCUUCUUCGCUCGUCCAAAUUGUUCGCUACGACUAAGUUUCGAAUCUUCGAGUCGGAUGAUUCAUCGAAUUAGAAAGAGCGCAACAUUGCAGAAAGAUUCUGUUCUGUGGAUGUCGAAUUGAAGAGUACAAGGUAAUAGAAGUAAUUGUAAAGUUGUUCGAUCCUUGUUAAUCGAAAGAGUCUUAUUUAAUGGAAUGGAUCGCGUGGGAUAUAGUGAGUCGCGAAUGUAUUUGAACACAUAUUAUAAAACGCUCUUAUGUACAUAUUAUAUGUGUGUGUUAUAUCUGAAUCUAAAACUCUUGCAAAUAACUUUUACAAUUUUUACCAAGCGUCUCUCCGCUCGUUAUCACGCGCAAAUAUAAAACUCUUGGUGUUUGUCAACUUUGACCAGCGUAAUCGCGCGGUAGCCAGGUCGAUGCUAAUGAAAUUUCAAGAUGUUUUUGACAUGACGCGCGUAAUAUCGUCCCGUUUAUGCCAAAACCAAAAAUACCGUGUACGCUUUCAUUUUGUCGUUCAUGGUCUUUCUUCAUGCUCUUAGCUACGUAGAUGUAAAGAGAUGAGCGUCGUAACUAGAUCGCGGAUUUUCCCGCGCAUUUAUGCGAGAUCUAAAGACGCAGAGACGCGUAGAAUUCAUACGAUAUUAUACAAAAAUAUAUAAGUUAUCCAAAGAAUAUUAUGCUACGUCUUGUAAUUUCUAACAAGUACAACAAAUCUCCUUUAAAGGAAACUCCUUUCUACUUUCUCGAUUAUGUUCGUAAACACGAAGGUUCGCAUAAAGAUUCUGGUCCACGGUGUAGUUGUAACAAACGUGAUACAACAACGUAAUUAAUUAUAUCGUGAACUUUAUUAUCCUCAGACGUGUCCAAUAAUUUUACAUUCGAUCGCGAGUUUCUACGAUCUGUUGAAUCGCGUAUUGAUGAUGUUGUUGGCAUAAGAAGGACGAUAUAUUCAUAGAAGGUCUCUAUAAACGUUCAAAUACUUUCGUGAACCAUUGUAAAUCAGGUUUUAGGGUAAGUAGCGAUUGCCGCGAGACGAUAAUUGAAGAGAAGAAGAAGAAAGGUUUCCGCUGAAAUUGAUCGCUCGGCUCUUUCGUACCUUUCCUUUGCCUUGUUAAUCGACGAUUAACCAAACCAGUUAGCAGGAACCAAUUAGCUGUACCGAUCGCAAUUUAGCGAUAACGUAGCGUACUCUGAUCGGAGAACCCUGAAAGAUUGUGUCAAGUUUCUUCGGAGAGGGAUCAAAAGAAACGAAGAUUCUUCGGCUCGUCGUCGAAUUUUUCACCGCGUAAGAUACGUUCCCAUUAGUACGAUUAUGCUAGUAGGCUGUGUUCAAUUGCGGAACAACGUUCGUUCGAGUACGCGAAGAAGCUGAGAAACGUGUCUCUUCGUGAUAUUUUCUUCGCAGCUCCAUCUCGUGAUCUCUCGUAUUCGCUAUUCGUAAAAUUCAAAUUCGUACAAUUUUAUUUAAAGGUGGUCGUCGAUCAACCUUUGUGCGUUUCUUUGGACAAUCUGCAACGAGAUUGUAGAUCGUUAUGCAUAUCUUCUUUUUUCUUCAACCAUUUUUGUUGUCAAUGUCUCGAGCUUGUUAAAUCAAUGACUUGCUGUGGAAACAUGACGCAUCCACAUUUCGUGAAAUUCGAAUCUUUACACGUAAGAAACAUUUCUUCGCUGGUUUCUUCGUUUUGCGUAAACUUAUCAAAUGUAUAAUUGCUUCGUAAAUUCGUAUAUUGAUACGAUAUAUAUUUAUAAUAUUACAUAUAGUAAACUUACAUGUAAUACUAUUAAUAUAUAUUUAUCUUCAACAAUCAUAAUUUACCCUUGCCGUUUCAUAUUCCUAAAAACGAUACCACAACUUGCAAACUAAUUUUAUAACGCCAUAGAGCGGUGACAAAUGCAAUAUAGAAGAUAUUUAAUUAAUUACAAAGUAGAAGAUAUUUAUUUAAUUACAAAGUACCGGUGAAUCGUUAAAACUGUUUCCCUACGAAACGCUAAAAAUGGACACGCGAUAUGUUUCCAGCAAGUCGUCAUCAUUCGCAUUUGUCGUACGUAAUGCGAUUAUUUCUUCCUUCUUUCUCAUUCUUCCCUAAUCAAGUAGCACAUUUUUCCUCUUAGUAUUUCGAAUUUUUAACAUAAGUUUUCCCAUAAGCGAUAAACGCAAGUGGAAGAUGUACGCGUCUCUUCUUGCAUUUAGUACGAGAAAUGCAACAAGAUGUACGCAUCGCAGUUGCAUUUAGUAACGAGAAAUAGAAGAAAAUUGGAGGGAAGAGAAAUCGUUGUUUGCCAAGCAAUUUAACUCCGAGAUCUCCGCAAUUUUAGUACUUCACCGUCGGUGUGACAGAAUCUGGUUAACACUUUGACUGCCACGUCAAAAUCACACGUUUCGCUCAGGAUGCCACGGGAGUAUUUUUAUUAUUCAAAGCAUAUAAUGGCAAAAUAGUAAUAAAUUGACGAUGUAAGACAACGUUCUUCCCCAAUGGACCGUUUAUCUUAUUGGUGGUCACGGGUGACCACUGUGGCGCCUUGGUAACAGUUGAUAGCGACGUAUUAUAACAAGGCUUCGUUUAUUUCAACAAACCAUUCGCAUUCGUCAUUUCGUCGCAAGCAAAACGUGCAGAAUAUAUUGUUGAAACGUGUGCAAGAUAUUAGUAAACGGUAUUUACUCGUUCUGUAUAUAAUAGUAAAGUAUGUGCACACUUCUAACUUCAAUUAUAUGUCGGGGGUAAUGUUGUAAGUCGGGACGUGUAAUGAAUCUUUCUGCGAGUUGUCCAUCGUUGUUGUAUACCAGAUGAUAUUUAUUGAAGCGAUUGUAUUGCAAAGGUUAACAAGUGAUAUCGCUAAGUGAAUAAUUGAGAUGUCGGUGACGAUGAGUUUAGCUUCGAUAAUGAAUACACGUUCAACGGGUUAACGAUCGCGAUUAGGAACUCGAUGUACGUGUUCACCGGGAUAGUCGAACUUAUCGGAUUGAGAGCCAGUCCAAGUGGAACUGCACUUAUAUACUCCUCUCCGUAUCUCUCUGUACCCCUCAGGUUAAUCUCUGUUUUUUUAAUUAAUUACUUUAUACCUCUGUUAGGUACACGUCCCUUCCGUUCAGUGACUCGUUAUGUCACUUCUAGCCCAAGCCUACUGUCAUAAAUCUCGGACAAUCGUAAUUGACUUAAUUCAUAAACAGCUAUUUCUCAGUUUUAUUGUUUAAGUACGACUAUAAUAAAAAGUCUGGACUAAAGUAUCGGGGACCUUCCCAAACAUUCCGAAAGAAAGACUCCGGUGUCCUUUCAUCUCCGACAUAUAUAUAUGAUUAUAAAGCAGCAUUUACGAUUAUUUUCUAAGCUGUGUUUAUAAUAAUAUUCGUAGAUUACCCCUCAAAGAUAUGGGUGCAAACACAGUGCAACGUUAGAUGCAAGAUUUGUUCUCAUUUCUUUUUAUCGAUGUUCUAAUAAAAAUGUUUAAUCGUUCAAUGGGGCACUUUUUGUUUCAAAGUAUCUUCUAUUUAUCGGUUAUAUUCAAAAUGCCCUGAUUGUCAAUUUUUAUACAAUUUUUACAAUUGUAGGAAGUUGAAGCGCUCCGGUCACCAAUGACCACCGUGGCAGUCAGAGUGUUAGUCGGUGCACAAAAUGACACGAGUUAGUUUCGAGUUCUCCGAUACGCAUGUAGGAAUUGAGCAAAUCGUUCCGCUUUUAUCUUCGAACGAGGAGAAGCGUGACUGGCGCGCAGAGAGUAACUUAAAACGAGUCGCUAAACGAGUUAGCCAGUUAGCAGCUAGUUCGUCGAGGUCUACGGAAGGACGCUCGAUAACGAGUCUUUUCUUAGAUGUUGAUGUUUAGCUUGGGACCCUUCGUCGGCGAUUUAAUCUUAGCGAUUUGACGCCACAACACCGUUUUCCGCAACUUUUCAUAUUCCUACUCUUGCUUCGCAAUUCGUUUGCGUUUUCCCGGUCGAAACGAUGGAACCGAGGAAAAGAGAAAUAAAAAAUUCUGGAGAUCGUCUGCUCAACGCAGACGAAACUUCUGCUCUCCAGAGAAUCUUCCAGCGUAAUUUAAAUUAUUCAACGUACGCAUUGAUCGAAUUAAUCGAAUCUUCAACACGUUCGCUGCGAUAUUCGUCGAUUACAACGAUUAGACUGAGGAUUUUUGUGCAGUUUUGCGAUUCUAUCGACGCAAGCAAAUGAAGAAUUAAAGAAAAUCACGACAACUUCCGUUUGAAUAUUUCUUACGUUUCCGCGUAUUAGUUUGGCGUGCAGUUUUUACUUUUUGGAUUUUUCAAUUCCUCGUAAACGCGUAAAAAUCCGCAGUCUAACGACGAGUAACACGAAGCUUUCGAUGUUUCACAAAUAUUUCACUUUGGAUAUUUCAACUCUACGAUAUUAAUUAAAUUGUUCGAUCGUAUCAAUAUUUAAGCAUACGCGUUUGAUAUUUAGACUGUGGAUGUUGAUGCAAAUUUCUAUCCUCGUCAGCACAAGCAACGUAAUGGAAAUUUUAUAUUGCCAACGAGUACUAUAUUUUGAAUAUUUUUUUAUAUUUUUGCAUACGAUAUGCACUCUACAUAGGCGGUAUGUAUAUUUUCUACGAGUCUGUCUAUGAUAAAUCGUUUAACGUACGUGCGUUCUUCCAUUUUUCAAUUUUCUACAAACGCAUCAACCUCCGUAGUCUAUACGAAUUAUCGUCGGACGUUCUUUUCACGAUCUGCUGCCGUUUGAUUCGUGCGUUCGAUGAACGUGUUUUAAUUCUGUCUCGUUUCGAGAACAGCGAAAGCUUCUCCGAUUGUUCCGACAUUUUCCCAAUAACUUUCAAUAAUUCGAAAUAAGUACGGAGACGAGUUCGAACAAACGAAGCUCUGCCGUAUAGAUUAUUUGCACAAAAGUACAUUGAAGAAACGCUUUUCCGAUCCAACAAACGGUGGGAAGCAAACAAAGAAGAAAACGAAGAAAAACCGGGAAGAAUAUAAAAGUUGUAAAGGCUCCUAUGCGCGUUGAAACACGUUGCGACGCAUCGACACCCAAGUUUCGUGUAAUCUGCUUCGGUUUACCUCCGCGUUAUCGAUUCCUUCCAGUUCGUGGCGCGAUACCGAACUUGAAACGCGUAUUUCAAAAUGUCCCAGCAUUUGCCAAUUCCAGUGUCGUUAUCGGUACUAGGAGGUUGGUCGCGAAGAAUACAAAAUCGAAGACUAAAAAGAAAUGGCCAGAAACACGGUUAACCGAGAGCGACGGAUUUUCUAAUUCCGCGUUAUCGAAGCAACUAGCAACGAACGAACCGAGCGAUCGUAGAAAUUAUUCGCGUCUACGUGAUUCUGCUUUUCAACGUCUGUCGGAUAAAGUUCUGCCAAGCAUCGAGAAACAAAAUAGAACGAUCAGAGUCUAGCGUAAAUUACGUUCUGUAUUGUUGCCACCCUCUGCGAUAUGUGGAAAGCUGCGCCCGAUCGGGCCUUGUUCACCGACCAAGGCGCAAUUCUGACUCCUGCAUCGAUACAAGUUGCUUCCGUGAUCGAACUACAUGGUCUGUAACACGCGUGAAAGCGAAAGCUAAAUCGCAUGAAAACCCAAAACGCUCAUCGCGAUGUGUUGGAACGCGUACAGGAGCCUCGAGGGAAACUCCUAAGACUCACUGGGGCGUUGCAGCCCGAUUACAACCACCCCUCCAGCCUCCCUUAGCAAUACACGUCGUUACACGAUUACUUUUUAAGCUACUUGACGACUAGCGGACGUCUACCGAGAUAUUUCAAUGUUUCUAAAGAAAAAAAAAUAUGUUGUGUAAAUAAAAAAGAAUCGGAGAGCGCAUGUCGCGGUGACGCUGCAGAGAAUCGUGGUAUGAGAGAGUGGGAGAGAAAGAGACAAGAGAGGAGAGAAAUUAAGGAGAAACGAAAAAAAAGAAAAAAGAAGAGAGCGAGUGUGAGAGAAAAAGGAAGCGAUAAGAAAGAAGGAAAGCAACCGGACGGAGAAAGAGAAUAAAAAUGGUGUUUGUGUUUUGACGGGUGGCUCAAUCAUUUCAAACAUCGCGUUCCUCUAGACACUAGACUGUAGAAUGCUCUCUCGCCGUCAGCAAGUUGCGAGACCGGAGGCAGCAGCGUGUACCGGAAGUUGUGGAAUUCCGUGGCUAAGGAAUCGUCCACGAGGCGAGAAAUCUAUGGAAAAGAGAAGAAAAGAAGGAAAGGAAUGAUCUGUUUGUUAAAAAAUAUCGCGGAUGCUCAGGAAUAUUAGCUAUAAAUGGGAAUACACGCGUUUUGCAACGUUAAUCCAAGGCGAAUGGUUCUCAAUGUGAGAUCGUUCGACACGGCGACGAGCUUCUUCCGCCUCAUCUUUUUUCUCUGAAAAAAUCUUCUGAUGUCGCUUAAGUUUGACUGGAACGUGUUCGUACACCUCGUAGUAAUCUCAGAGGAUUUUAUUAUAAUUAUCUGCUAUUACUAUUAUUCGUUGACGCAAAUAUGUCUGAAUUUCCCCUUCGCUUGUUCCAUCUAAUGAAAUUGUUACGUUAACGUUCUUUAUUAAUUAAUCACCAUAUAUUAAUACGUUAUUCGUCGUUAAGUCACCUUUUAAACAAAUCACGUUGAUACUAUACCACAGAUGAAACGAUGUUCUUUUUAGUUUAGAAACCGAUCGAAUCGAAAAAGAGCGCAAGUCAAUCUUUUGGUAUUAUUCGAUAAUGAUUAUUAUUCGACAUUGAAAAUGAAAGAUAAAAAUGAGAAUGUUAUUCUCGCGUUGGUUACGAAUAAGAUUAGAGUGGUACGAUCACGAGACGAUACUCUUCAAACAAAAUUCGCACAAGGUGGAGUUUAACCCAUAAUAGCUUCCAACAAUUAAUAACAAAUUAUUGUACGUUCGUUUUUAUUCAAUAUUUAUUAUUUGCAAUUAUUCUGUGGAAAAUUAGGCGUAUCUGGGUUGAAUCGCUUCUGAUUCGACCUUGAAGAUCCUCUGGUGGGUUGUUCAGAGCUCGUCGCUGGUCGAGUCGUCUCUUUGAGGAACCGGAAGUUGCACGCAAAGCGGUGAUCAUCGUUGUAUCGCGGUGAAAGGAACGUCGAGGUGAUGAAGAGAAAAGCAAGGAAUAUUCGAGGAAAUAAAUAUUUAUAGAUCCGACAAUGGGAAACGAUCGACUCGCGUUGUUAAUUAAAGUAAUAGGGAAAUUGAAGAAACAACUCCGCUCGGUGUUAACUGUAAUAAGAAUCUUUUUCUUUAGGCGCGAGGAAAAAAAGAGAGAUGAAAAGAAGAGAAGAAAAAGGGAAGAGAAACGAAACGAGGGAGGAAGAAAAAAAAAUAGGAAAAAAGUGGCGUAAAAGACAAAACAGAAAUCCGUAGGAAAGAAG